AUGGAAGAAGAGGCCAACACAUCAAUUAUCUUAGGAAGACCAUUUCUAGAUACUGCUAGAGCCAUCAUUAAUGUGCAGAAAGGAGAACUAGUCUUGAGAUUGCAUGAAGAGAAAAUGGUCUUCGACGUCUUUAAAGCAAAGAGUUACCCUAAAGAAUCCAUAGGAGAAUGCAUGCUGGUAGACACCACGGAACAGAUAGUUCAAGAAGUCAUGGAAGAAGAACAAUGUGGAGAAAGCAUUGAGCUUGAACAAGCACCAGAUGGAGAACUACCACAAACAACCAUGAGUAACUCAAUCAUGCCAACUACCACAGAUAACAAAGAUGUAGAGUCACCAAAACUAGAGCUGAAAGCCUUACCACCCAACUUGAAAUAUGCAUAUCUGGGUGCUAACAACACUUACCCAGUAAUCAUAAAUUCAAGUCUGAGUAAGGAACAAGAAGAGGAACUUAUCCAAGUGUUGAGGCAACACAAGGAUGCCAUAGGCUGGACACUUACAGAUUUAAAGGGGAUUAGUCCUUUAAUGUGGGUGAUCUACCCCAUCUCAGUUAGCCCUUGGGUAAGCCCGGUGCAAGUACUCCCAAAGAAAGGAGGGAACAUUGUUGUGGCAAAUGAGAAGAAUGAAUUGAUACCCACAAGGACAGUGACUGGAUGGCGCAUGUGCAUUGACUACCGGAAACUUAAUGAAGCCACCUGGAAGGAUCACUUUCCCCUACCCUUUAUGGACCAGCUGCUUGAAAGAUUGGUAGGACAUGAGUAUUAUUGCUUCCUGGAUGGAUAUUCGGGCUACAAUCAAAUUGUUGUAGACACUAAGGAUCAAGAAAAACUUCAUUUACUUGCCCAUAUGGUGUCUUUGCUUAUAGGAGAAUGCCCUUUGGAUUGUGCAAUGCACCUGCAACAUUCUAACGAUGUGUCAAGAAACCAACCUGGUUUUAAGCUGGGAGAAGUGCCAUUUAUGGUGACUAAAGCGGUGGUUCUUGGUCACAAGAUUUCAAAAGAUGGUAUAGAAGUAGACAAGCAAAAGUGGAAGUAA